AUGCAUUCUUUCAAUAUUGAACUACUUGAUGGAAGAAGAAUGUGUGAAAAGUUUCCAUGUCCAACCACAAUCCUUCCUCCUAAUCGUCACGACCUUAUUGGAAGACAAAUAAAGAAAAGAAUGAAGUCAGUUGUUAAAUUAAAAGAUAUGGUGAUGGUGGUUCAAGCAAGAAAGGGGAAGGCUGGGAAGAAAGCUCAAAGUGUAGUUGAUGGUAGGCAAAAUGGAAGUCAGAGUGUAGUUGAUGGUAGGAAAUCUAGUGGUAUAGGUGAUGGAAGUUCAAAAAAGAUUCAUCGUGAAAAUUUUCAAAACUCGUUCGAUUACAUUGUUGAACCGUUGUAUGCAUCGAGAGUUGUGACGUCUUUUCCGUUCUUCUCAAAGGCUCUAAAACACAAGUCAAACCUGCUAAAUUCCAAUGUUAACGUGUUCUUGAUUAAUAAGAGACUUCAUCAAAUGAUUCUGAUAGGAUGGCAAGUAGUGCUUCUUUUUCUAUCUCCCAUUCUCACUAUGGCAGAGUCCUCGAAUACACCAUGGUCAAUGUGGUCAAGCAACUUUGGUGCUGAGCAAACAUUGCUUUACAGAUGGACAAUCUUCAGUGCAAGCUUUUGUGUACUUGUUGCUCUUUUUCUUUCCACAUAUCUUAUCUUUGAGCAUUUAGCUGCUUACAAUCAGCCUGAGGAGCAGAAGUUCUUAAUUGGAGUUGUUCUGAUGGUUCCUGUUUAUGCAUUGGAAUCGUAUUUGUCGCUAUUGGAUGCAGAUGCUGCAUUCAACUAUGAAAUAAUCAGGGACUGGUAUGAAGCUUUUGCUUUAUAUUGCUUUGGGAGAUAUCUUAUUGCCUGCUUAGGUGGAGAGGAUAGUACUAUUGAGUUCAUGGAAAGUAAAAGCCGUAUCAGCUACAGCAUACCCCUUAUAGAAGAAUCAUAUACUUAUGGAGUCGUGGAACACCCUUUCCCUCUCAAUUGCUUCCUCAAGGAGUGGUAUCUUGGUCCUGACUUCUAUCAGGCAGUCAAAAUUGGCAUUGUGCAAUAUAUGAUAUUGAAGCUGAUCUUUGCGCCGUUAGCAAUGAUUUUUCAGUUUCUUGGUGUUUAUGGGGAAGGGAAGUUUGAAUUGAGAUACGCGUACCCAUACAUGGCAGUUGUUCUUAACUUCAGCCAGAGCUGGGCUUUGUAUUGCCUUGUGCAGUUCUAUUCAGUGACCAAGGAUAAGCUGGCACCAAUCAAACCUUUGGCCAAGUUCUUGACCUUCAAGUCCAUUGUAUUCUUGACAUGGUGGCAAGGUGUUGGUGUAGCCAUUCUUUUUUCCAUGGGAGCCUUCACAGGACCCUUAGCUGAUCAGCUACAAACACGUAUCCAGGAUUAUAUAAUCUGUCUUGAGAUGGGUGUUGCUGCAGUGGUGCACUUGUAUGUUUUCCCAGCCGGACCGUACAAGCGCGGAGAGCGAUGCGUACGCGAUGUUUCCGUGAUGACGGACUACGCGUCGUUAGGAGCACCACCUGAUCCAGAAGAGGUGCGCGACUCCGAGAGAACCCCCAGAUUACGCCUCGGCCUACCCGAUGACAGACCGAAGCGUCCCAAAUUACAUCAGAGUGUUCGCGAUGUCGUCUUCGGAAGUGGCGAGAUUAUCGUUGAUGACAUGAAGUAUACGGUUUCCCACGUGGUAGAACCGGUUGAAAGGGGAUUAGCGAAAAUAAAUAGAACUUUUCAUGAGAUAUCGGAAAAUAAAAAGGGAGUUCCAGCGACAGCAAGCUCUCUAAUGCCAGGCGAUCAAAGAACCCCUUUUCUCAAUCUCCAUACAGAUAAUACGCUCACUCUCUCUCAGGUGGAUCUGUAUAAAUACGGGCAAGCAAAUAGAAAAUACAGAAAUAUAUGAAUAUCGUUGCAGCUGAUAAUAGAGGUACACUCCUACUAACUACUGAUCUUGAUUUGUGCACACGGGAUGCAAAUUAUUUGAUUAUAGAAUUACAAGACUGUAUAUUGUAUACGUCUAAUAUCCACUCAACUUAGAAUAUCAAAUAUGUUUGGGAAGUUGUGAAUAUGUUUUGGGUUGGAUUUGGAUUUAUCAGUCAUACCAGUAACAAAAACAAAAACAUGAAUUUCUUUUGGCUUUUGGUACUGUUGAUUGUUGAGUAAAAAAACAAUAUCGCACAUUUCAUUUGGUAAGUAAGAGUCAAACAUUUUUAUUUCAGUUGUCUGUAAUUAUUAUAUAAUUUUGUUGAGAUUGAUUUGUUUUGCAAGUA